UGAAUCAAAUGUUUCUAAAUAGAUACGACAGUUUAUAAUAAAACACGCGCUGCUCUAAGCAUGAAAGCCAAAGCAAGUGCACGUGCUAAGAAACUGAAAGGGCAGAGUGAGGUGUUCCUGCAGUCCCUCGUCAAUAGAAAUAUUGGAAGCCGUACAGGGAAAGAUGUCAAGGCAGGGAAGCUGAUAGACAAGGACGAGGAUGGCUUCGACAAUUUUGAUGCUUACUGGUCCGAGUCUGAUGCUGACCUGACAAACAACACCACAUUCCACUCCAAGUUGUCCUCUGUGAGUGGACAACCAGAGAAAGAGAACAAGGCUCACACCGCACAUGGGCACACAUCUACUCUUAAAUCAGUGGAUACUUGUACGUCACUGAAAGUCGGCGGAACUGGAACUUACUACCUAGGAAACCGCAUCAUUGGGAGUCGUACAGGGAAGAAUAUAAAAGCUGGGAAAAAUAUCCGCAGAUGUGAUGAUGGCAUCGAAAACUUUGAUGACUACUGGUCUGAAUCAGAAUCUGAGAGUAUACUGUCCUUCCACAGAAGCAUUCGUGCUAACGACACCAGGAGCUUUCUUGGUGCAGAUACGCCACAGGAAAGGGAUGAAAAUAUUUCCUCCAUGACUGGUGAGGAUGGAUCUGAAGGUGAGGUGGUGAUCAACCCGAGACACCGACCUGCUGUCACCGGGUGGGAGAAUGGUGGAUGGGGGCAGGGUGAGGACUGUGAGGGAGUUGAGCAGGGGGCUGGGGGUGGACAUGCCGUAGAGGAUGCCUCGAAGCUGGUGGAGGACAACCUUGAUGAUAGUGCAGAAAGACAGAGGUGCCCAGACACCAGAAGUGUCCAGGGUAGCUACACUCAGCACCAACAAUCCUUUGGCCACAAGCAAGCAAAUGUCAUACCAGAGGACUCUACAGUCUCGAGUUCGAGUGAGCCUCCUGUAAGUCGGAGUGAACAGUGUGAUGUAGAGACUGAAAUGGAAGAUGUAGAAUCUAAGCCAGAGUGUACAGAGGACUGCAACCAAAGCACGGUGGAAGUACCCUUGGAACAGUCUUCCCAGUCAACAUGUAGUGAAAGCAGCCAAGAUGAUGACGUGACAGGAACUGUCCUCAAGAGACCUGACUCCCUGGGUCGCAGCCGACUGAGUCACAUCAUGCAGCUACAGCCUCACGGGGAAGAGAAACAUGUCACCACUAAGGCUGCCAGCAUACAGUUGGAGAUUGUCCAAAAGUCAGCCAUGAGUGACCAAGAGGCAGAAUGUUCUUCACAACUGACAGAGACCGAGAAUAGCCCAGUACAACAAAGUGGAGAAAUGUCUUCCCCAGGUAUAUAUUCUAACAAGAAGGGAAGGUCAAAACUCAAGACACCAUUGAACAGGUCAAGGCAUGGAAAGAAAUCUCUUGGGGACAAAAGUAAUGCAAGUAUAAGUGAAGAUGUGACUGGGAAAGUGUCUACAAGGCGAACACGCAGCCAGAGUAAGCAGAGUCUUGGAGGAGCAGAGAUCCAGCCAAUUGACACUUCAUCAAGUAAGGGCAGAAAGCAGAAGAAGAGUCUGUCAAAUUCUGGAAAUGUGACUGAUGACACAGAGAUCCAACCUCUGGAGCCUUCUUCCAGUAAGGGCAGAAAGCAGAAGAAGAGUCUGUCAAAUUCUGGAAAUGUGACUGAUGACACAGAGAUCCAACCUGAUGACACAGAGAUCCAACCUCUGGAGCCUUCUUCCAGUAAGGGCAGAAAGCAGAAGAAGAGUCUGUCAAAUUCUGGAAAUGUGACUGAUGACACAGAGAUCCAACCUCUGGAGCCUUCUUCCAGUAAGGGCAGAAAGCAGAAGAAGAGUCUGUCAAAUUCUGGAAAUGUGACUGAUGACACAGAGAUCCAACCUCUGGAGCCUUCUUCCAGUAAGGGCAGAAAGCAGAAGAAGAGUCUGUCAAAUUCUGGAAAUGUGACUGUUCAACAGACACAUUCUGAAACCGCAGUAAAAGUACUCUCCUCUGGAAGGAAUAAUAGAUGUAAAAACAUAACAUUAGACAAAUCCUCUUGUGCUGACAUUAAUGCUAAUGUGGAUGAAAGCCUGACAGGUAUGAGUAACAAAAACGAAAACAAAAAGUCGAAGAAAAUACUAAACAAUGCAAGAUGUAGUGACCAUGAAAAGAUUUUGACACAGAGAAAUGCAUCUAUUGUUCUGGAGGCAGAUGUAGAUGCCACAAAUGUAGAUCAACAGGAAGCAGAGACAGGUCUGGAUGCCACAGAUAGUACCCAUGUGGAACGGGAGGCACAUUUUUGUCACACAGACAGUGACCAAGACGAACCGGAGGCUCGUUCAGAUCACACAGACACUGACCAAGAAGAACUGGAGACUGGUUCAGGUCACUCAAACGAUGACCAAGAAGAACCGGAGGCAGGUUCAGAUCUCACAGACACUGACCAAGAAGAACUGGAGACUGGUUCAGAUCACUCAAACGAUGACCAAGAAGAACCGGAGGCAGGUUCAGAUCUCACAGACACUGACCAAGAAGAACUGGAGGCUAGUUCAGAUCACUCAAACGAUGAUCAAGCAGAACUGGAUGAAGGUUCAGCUCACACAAUCAAUAAUGUAACUGAUGACAAAAUAUUGGGAAAAGUAGAGCAGUCAAGUAAAGAAAGCGUUAAUGGAGCAGAUCAUGAAUUGAAUAAUUCCCCUGUAGGCAAAGUAUCAUCAAAUACAGGCAGGAAUAAAUCUGCAAGAAGUAGCAUGCAAGAUACAUCUCAACUGCUUGGUGCCUUUGAUAUGGAUGAAAAACAGGAUGAAAGCAAUACCACCACACAUAGUGCCAAGCGAGAUGAUGAUGUGAGUGGUAAUACUGUGACUGCACCUUAUCUUUGUAAAGCUGAUGCUCCCCCAUCUGAACAUUUCAACACUCCAGGAGAUCUGCAGUGUGUGAACGAGCAGGCUGGGCAUUCGCAUGGAGGGGACAUAACUCUAGCAGACUUCAAUGACCAAGGUCCAAGUCAGAAGUCGGUCAGUGUUGCUGGACUUGACAUUGGUGGUGAUGUGACUGGAUCUAUUUCUAAGAAUACAAAUGCGACUGUCAGCAUUAUCCCAUCCCACACACCGAUGCUUAGCUUCAGAACAAAGAAAAGACUGUCUUACUCCAAGCUCCUGAAUGACAGCCAAGAGAGAAGAUCACAGACUGAAACAAGUGGCAGCCUGCCUGCUGUGUCUGGGCUGACACAGCCUCCUCCACUGGAAUCAGUUGUGGAGGAAGAAGCUACCAGUGACCAUGGCAACAAGGAUGAUCCCAAUUGUGACUUCCUUUGUCUCAGACCAGCCAGCAUCAACAGGAGCACCUCAUCCAGACAGGAGGAAGGACUGGACUCAACGGAAGAGGAAUUCUGGAUGGUAGAUGACAAGCCACCCAAAAAGAAGAAACCUGUGAAGAAGAGCAAGUCUCCGAAACAUAGUGUGAAACAGAAAAGGAACAGUGCAGGAGAUGUUAUGGAGGAAGAUACUGUGAAGAAGAGCAAGUCUCCGAAACAUAGUGUGAAACAGAAAAGGAACAGUGCAGGAGAUGUUAUGGAGGAAGAUACUGUGAAGAAGAGCAAGUCUCCGAAACAUAGUGUGAAACAGAAAAGGAACAGUGCAGGAGAUGUUAUGGAGGAAGAUACUGUGAAAGGAAAGAAGACAACAAGGAAGAAGACAGAAAAUGUAAAGAAACGUGCAGGAAAAGAUGGAACAUCUCCUGUGGUAUCAGAGGCUGACAUUGUGGCAGAGGAUGAGGAGGGAUUGCUCCAGCACACUCUCUUUACAGACACUCCAACCUCCUGCAGUCCGAGGAAGAGAAAGUCCACGCAACAACCUGCCGCAAACUCAGGUGGGAAGAAAUCCAAAUCGGCCCGAGUGACCAAGACAAGGGUGAUAAUGAAAGGGACCAGGAAGUCAGCUGUUACCAAGGCCUCUUUAAGUGGGUUAUCUCAUCUCAGCAUUACUGUCCCGUGUGAGACUCCCAAGAGUGGGGUGUCAUUCCGUCAAAGGAGAAGAACAAGUGUCAGCGACAGUGAGCUAAGCAGUAUGAACAUGUCCUGUCCUGCACAGUUUUCUCCUCAAAGUGUGGAGUCUAAAAAAGCAAACAAACAAACAAAGAAUACAAGUUCUUCCUUGAAAGAAACAAUAGUGUCAACUUCCCCAAAAGUGAAACCCCUCACUCCAUGUUUGACAAACUCUAUUGUCAAGUCAGUGCAGAAAAAGAAACGAAGAGUAACCAUCAGCAACAUAGUGGAGAAAGCCAGUGUCAGCUACUCAGAUUCCACAGGGUCAGAGCAUGAACUUGAGAUAGGUGACUCACCAAAUUGCAGCAACUCCAUGCCCAACAUAAGUGAUGUCACAGGCUCUCCCGUCCAUAUUUUUGAAAUAACCAACACUGCGACACCUGUUCCCAUAAGAGCACCACCAAAGUCUAAGAUCAUCUAUCCCAGGCCUGCUCCUGAGGGUGUGAGGAGGUCAAACCGAGUCCGACUCAAACCAAUAGAGUGGUUUAAGAAUGAACAUGUUAUCUAUGAACGAAGAAAGUCAGGCACUUUUGUGAUUGCUGGUGUGAAGCCUUCGAAAGAAGCGGAAUAUCUAGCUGCUGAGGCAGAGAAGCGAAAGAGACGUCUAGCCAGAAUGAAGAAAACCAAGGAAACAAAAAGUUCAAAAUUAUCAAGAAAUAAAUUACUGGCCAAAGCCAACCUUUCUGUACACACUGAUCUCUCUUCUACCCUGGACUACACUGUCAGCUCUGACUUCCCCGUCAUGAACCCAGAGACACAGGAAGAGGUACUUGUAGACUGUGUUGCUCCAGUUGACGGCUCCCUGUAUGUGGGUCCAAAUGGAGACUCUCCCUGUGAGGGAGACCCAUACAUCAUCUGCCAUGCUAUACAACAGCCAGCCUUCACCGUGGGACAUCUGCUCAUCGCUCCACUGGGGGAGAAGCCAACACAGGCCCUGGAAGACAACACACUGAUCUUCACUAUAGUGCAUGGGAAGCUGUCUGUGACCAUCCACAGGGGCAGUACUGUGCUGGAGGCUGGCGACCAGUUCUUUGUCCCACGAGGAAAUACCUACAGCCUGAAGAAUCUGCUCAAUGAGGAAGCUAAAUUAUCCUUCGUGAACUUGAUGGAGAGCAUCUCCUCUUAAACAGAUGUGUUUUUUUGAGGACUGGAUAAUCCCUGUACAUAGCAUGUAUAUCUGUGUAUAGCUGUAUAUCUAUCACCUUGUGUACUACUGUAUAAAGUAGGUUGUGUACAGUAUCAGAAUCAGUACAGACAUCCUGCUGGACAUGUAUCUGUAUGUUGGACCAGCUUUCUAAAAAACUGACAUUUGAAAUGGGUGCACUUGGAAGAAGUAGGAUUUCAGAAUACUGCAUUAGUAGAUGUUCAACGUGUCUAUUAACUGGUGUUGAAGAAAGUCCCUGGUCCUUUAUCAUUUAGUUGUAAAGGUACAGUAAUGACAAACCAAUCUGUAUUACUGAGCUCAACUACACAUAGAUAUUGUCUGACAUUUGAGCCUUUUACUCUUGACAUGUGUAUUGUAGGGUACAUUAAAAAUAUAUACUUCAGAUAAAUCAAAAGUUUGUGUGAGUUUGAAAUGAGUCUAUUAAACCUUCUAAACUUUCAUAUCAGACAUGAUAUUUCUAUGUAGUCAAUGUGUCCCAAUCAAUCCCUCAGUCAAUAAUCCAACAUUGUUUACAUGGUUUGGGGAGGCAUUGGUUCGUUCACUUACAUGCAACAUGCAUUAAAACUGGUGUGUUUUCAUGUAAAAUAGAGUGAGCAGCAAAUACUUACCUGCAGUAUAUGACGUGAGAGUGAUGUUCACGUCCUCUUGUCUACGGUAAACAUAGUAUUGUAGGAGAUGCUGGACAUUUGGUCCUUGGUCAGCUGGCAUCCUCAUGUUAUAUGCCAUUACAGUGACAGCCUCAGAACAAACGAUGUCACUGUACAAAGUUUCACAAAUCUGUUGAUUAGUUUUACUACUUGAAAAAGGUUUCUUACUUCCAACAAUGGCAAAGAGCAGUCAUUGUAAAUGUUUCUUUUUGUAUUGAGAAGAAUAUACAGGAAGGUAAGAUAGCCUAAUGUAAUCCCCUCUGUGAUCCACACACCUCUUCCAAAGAUGCUGGAGUGCCUGGAUCCCACUGGUCUAGAAGGCUUCCUUCCUGGUGGUGUAAACUAUCACAAAUUGUAUUUUACAUGCAAGAACUGAAAGGUAUUAUUUGUGGCAAGAUUGACAGUUCCUUAGUUAUGAUGUCAUCUUCUCUUGUAUUGUCAGCACUGACAAGAGCGUAGUGAUUCUUCACCAGUGUGUGAGUGGUGUCAUAUGGUUCCAAGUGAUGACUGUGUGUGAGUGGUGUCAGAUGGAUCCAAGUGAUGACUGUGUGAGUGGUGUCAGAUGGAUCCAAGUGAUGACUGUGUGAGUGGUGUCAUAUGGUUCCAAGUGAUGACUGUGUGAGUGGUGUCAUAUGGUUCCAAGUGAUGACUGUGUGUGAGUGGUGUCAGAUUGAUCCAAGUGAUGACUGUGUGUGAGUGGUGUCAGAUGGAUCCAAGUGAUGACUGUGUGAGUGGUGUCAGAUGGAUCCAAGUGAUGACUGUGUGUGAGUGGUGUCAGAUGGAUCCAAGUGAUGACUGUGUGAGUGGUGUCAGAUGGAUCCAAGUGAUGACUGUGUGAGUGGUGUCAGAUGGAUCCAAGUGAUGACUGGGUGAGUGGUGUCAGAUGGAUCCAAGUGAUGACUGUGUGUGAGUGGUGUCAGAUGGAUCCAAGUGUUGACUGUCUCCAGCCACCAGUUUCCAUCCAUUAUCAACCAACACUGACAGACUGUGUGUGAGUGGUGUCAGAUGGAUCCAGGUGUUGAUUGUCUCCAGCCAUCCAUUAUCAACCACACUGACAGACUGUGUGUGAGUGGUGUCAGAUGGAUCCAGGUGUUGAUUGUCUCCAGCCAUCCAUUAUCAACCAACACUGAUAGACUGUGUCUGAGUGGUGUCAGAUGGAUCCAGGUGUUGAUUGUCUCCAGCCAUCCAUUAUCAACCAACACUGACAGACUGUGUGUGAGUGGUGUCAGAUGGAUCCAGGUGUUGAUUGUCUCCAGCCAUCCAUUAUCAACCAACACUGACAGACUGUGUGUGAGUGGUGUCAGAUGGAUCCAGGUGUUGAUUGUCUCCAGCCAUCCAUUAUCAACCACACUGAUAGACUGUGUGUGAGUGGUGUCAGAUGGAUCCAGGUGUUGAUUGUCUCCAGCCAUCCAUUAUCAACCAACACUGACAGACUGUGUGUGAGUGGUGUCAGAUGGAUCCAGGUGUUGAUUGUCUCCAGCCAUCCAUUAUCAACCACACUGAUAGACUGUGUGUGAGUAGUGUCAGAUGGAUCCAGGUGUUGAUUGUCUCCAGCCAUCCAUUAUCAACCAACACUGACAGACUGUGUGUGAGUGGUGUCAGAUGGAUCCAGGUGUUGAUUGUCUCCAGCCAUCCAUUAUCAACCACACUGAUAGACUGUGUGUGAGUGGUGUCAGAUGGAUCCAGGUGUUGAUUGUCUCCGGCCAUCCAUUAUCAACCAACACUGACAGACUGUGUGUGAGUGGUGUCAGAUGGAUCCAGGUGUUGAUUGUCUCCAGCCAUCCAUUAUCAACCAACACUGAUAGACUGUGUGUGAGUGGUGUCAGAUGGAUCCAGGUGUUGAUUGUCUCCAGCCAUCCAUUAUCAACCAACACUGAUAGACUGUGUGUGAGUGGUGUCAGAUGGAUCCAGGUGUUGAUUGUCUCCAGCCAUCCAUUAUCAACCAACACUGACAGACUGUGUGUGAGUGGUGUCAGAUGGUCUCCAGGUGUCAGUUGUCAAAGUCCUCAGGAUAAAAUGACAAGGUACAAUUUAGUUUAAUGCCAAAUGUAAAUGUGGAUUUAACUACAAUGUUAUUAUGCAGAAAGCAAUUGGAUUAUAUAUUUUUUUGUGCUGCUUUUCAUCCUAUGUCACUAAAUAUAUCAUGAAGAUAUAUUUAAGUUAUGUGAUAUGUUGAUAUACAAAUUAAACAUUUUAGGAAAUGUUUUGUUUUUUUCUCAUUGAACAUACAGCCAUCUUCUGUCCUUAAAAGCAAAUAUACAGAAUGUAAUACAAGUGCAUAUUUUACCCUUUGUAUUGAACGAGAAGAUAUCAUGGUGGGAAAGAAAUGAGUUUGAAGAACGAGUUCAAUACACAAUGUCCAAA